CUUGGGGAAAGGAAAUCUACUGGACUUAAGCUGUGGGAAUCUGUCACUGGUGAGACCAAUUACAAGAGGAGUGUAGUUUUGCCAGCUCUGUUCCAUGGGUGAAGGCUGCAAUGGUGAAGGAAACUGGAUAUUAUGACUUGCUGGGUGUCAAGCCCAAUGCCAGUGCAGAGGAGUUGAAGAAGGCCUACAGGAAGUUAGCGCUGAAGUACCACCCAGACAAGAACCCAACAGAAGGAGAAAAGUUCAAGCAGAUCUCACAAGCAUAUGAGGUCCUGUCUGACACGAGGAAGAGAGAGGUGUAUGACCGAGGGGGGGAGAAGGCCAUUAAAGAGGGUGGCACAGGCGGGAACUGUGGCUUCAGCUCCCCCAUGGACAUCUUUGAUAUGUUCUUUGGAGGAGGGGGAAGAAUGCACAGAGAGAGAAGAGGGAAGAAUGUGGUCCAUCAGCUGACUGUUUCUCUGGAAGACCUCUACAAUGGAGCCACCAGGAAGCUGGGCAUUCAGAAAAACAUCAUCUGUGACCGCUGCGAAGGGCGAGGGGGCAGGAAGGGGGUGCUGGAGGUGUGCCUGUGCUGCCAGGGAACGGGGGUACAGGUGCAGUUCCACCAAAUCAUGGGGAGCGUGGUGCAGCAGGUGUCCUCCGUCUGCGUGGCGUGCCAAGGCCAGGGCCAGCGCAUCACCUACAGGGACAAGUGCAAGGCCUGCGGUGCCCGCAAGCUCCUGCGCCAGAAGAAAACUCUGGAAGUCCACAUCGACAAAGGUAUGAAGGAUGGACAGAAGAUAGUCUUCCAUGGAGAAGGGGAUCAGGAGCCAGGACUGGAACCAGGUGACAUCAUCAUUGUCCUGGACCUGAGAGUGCACCCCAUUUACACCAGACAAGAAGAAGACUUGGUCAUGAACAUGGAGCUUCAAUUAGUCGAGUCUCUGUGUGGCUUCCAGAAGCCCCUUCAAACUCUGGACAACAGAACCCUUCUUAUUACCUCACAUCCAGGAGAGGUGAUCAAGCCUGGCACCAGGAAGUACGUCCUCAAUGAGGGGAUGCCCCUCCAUCGCCGGCCGUUUGAGAAGGGCCGUCUCAUCAUCCUGUUCACGGUGGUGUUUCCUGAGGAGAACUUCCUGCCCUUGAACAAGCUGAAGGAGCUGGAAUGCUACCUUCCAGGGAGGAUGGAGUCAGAGGACGCAGAGAGCAUGGAUGACGACCUCUACAUCUACGCAGACCUGGAGGACUGUGACCUGUCACAGGAAAGACACCACUUUGACGAGAUGGAGGAUGAGGAGUUCUCUUCCAGAGGAGGCAUCCAGUGCCGGACCUCCUAGAGCCCAAGUUUGAUUGGUAGUCAGCAGUGAAACACAAAGCCAACCUCAAGUACAUUUUUAAAUGCCUGUAAUUUGCAAAUAGGUUUUGGGAGAUGUCACAGUAUUGGAUAUGAAGAAGCAGUUUCCUUUGCCCGUGUGGUUUCCUUUUUCAGGAUGUGCAGCAUGAUUUAGAUGAAGAAGCAGAGGUGGUCCUUAAGUAGGAUUCAGACCAGUGGGUUUAGGUGUCUGUACUCUUUGUGACCUGAGGCCCAAUGUCAAGUGUAUCAGAUUUGUAUUGUCUGUUUUUUUGUCUGUCAGAAGACCUGAACUUCGAGUAUGAUUAGU